AUUCAUAGAUUCCGCUGCCACAAUAUUGGUCAUUUACUAUUGACUAAUAAUGAUUAGAAACAUUGAUCAUUGGAAUCGAUUAUGCUUAAAAACCGCUUAUUAUGUCGUAUAUUCCUGAAUUGAAGACAGUUUUUUAGUUUUAAUAAUAAUUUAUGGCACUCUAUAGUUAACUAUUAGAUUUUGAUUACAGUCUAUAUAAUAGUUUAAGCAUACUCGUAAUAAUAUAAACGCAUACGAUAUUAAAUUAUUCUGUGACACUAGGUAUUACGUAUUCCUAUGCACAUACAGUCACACAGUAAUCGUUAAUAUUUAACACAUGUUUCAUUAUUUUAAAACCUAUAUAAUAUUAUGACCGAUUGUUAUGGUUAAAUAAACACCCUUUCGAUGUAAUCAUUUAUUCAACAGGAGACAGUUUUGACAGCACAACUCGAAAUAAAUCACGGUGUUAGUGUCGAACACAGCGACAGUAGGUACUCAUUCAUCAACUGCCGAAACUCCUAAGAACUUAAUAAUUUUAUAAACUAUAAAUCCUAUGGCGCUAACCAAUACAUUGUUGUUAGCGCUUUGUGCCAAUUGGCCACCGCCGAAUAUUACAGAAACUACUUUACCGCCACCGUGGAAAUGGAUAUCUGAGCAUAAAGCGAAAUACAUUAAUAGUAGAGAAUAUCAGUGUGAUCUGAAAAACAACUUUCAGAUUCAAUACGAAAUUCUGCGGGGUAAACGGUUGAAAAUUGCUACAUUUCCAAAUUCAAAACCUUUGAGUUGGGUUACAAAAGAAAUUAACGGUACACUUAUCGGUCACGGAAUUGCAUUUGAAAUUGUGGAAACGCUUCGUCAACGGUAUGGAUUCACUUACGAUGUAGUGAUACCAACAAGAGAAACCUUGUUAAAUGAAAAUGGCAGUAUCAUAUAUAUGCUAGUGAAUGGGGAAGUAGAUAUGGCAGCUGCUUUUAUACCGGUUUUGCCGGGACUGGAUGACAUUGUCAAGUGGGGUAUAGAGUUGACUCAAUUCCAAUACGUCGUGCUUAUGAAAAGACCUAAAGAAAGUGCUACUGGAUCCGGUUUAUUAGCGCCUUUUGAAAUUGAGGUGUGGUUAUUAAUUUUGAUGUCACUGAUAGCAGUGGGUCCAAUUAUUUAUGGUAUUAUGAUGUUAAGACAUAAACUCUGUGGUCACGAUUCAGGGGUAUAUCCAAUACCCACAUGCAUUUGGUUCGUAUAUGGGGCGUUAAUGAAACAAGGAUCAUCCUUGAACCCAGAUACUGAUUCUGCUAGACUCAUAUUCGCCACAUGGUGGAUAUUCAUAAUGAUAUUGACCUCGUUCUAUACGGCAAAUUUGACUGCGUUUUUAACAUUGUCAAAAUUUACGUUACCCAUAAAAAGAAUAGAAGAUAUCGCGAGUAAUGAGUACCGAUGGAUUUCUUCAGAGGGUAGUGCCGUCGAGUACAUCGUCAAGAUGGACAAUGAUCUGAAGCCACUCAGACAAUCAAUGUUCGAGGGAAAUGGUCAAUUUAUGGUUAUAAAUAUCGACGAAAUUGAUACUAUUUUAAAUUAUAUUUCAUCAGGAACGUUGCUUCUACACGAUAAGAAUUGGCUAAAUUUUUUAAUGCUGCACAUCGAAAGGUCAAUAACAGAUGACAAGGAGCGGUGUCGUUAUGUGUUGACUACAGAUCCAUAUUUGACAAGAUCAAUGUCAUUUGUCUACCCUAAACACAGUAUUUUACCACCACUAUUCAAUCCUAUAAUGCUGUCGUACAUGGAGUCGGGCAUUGUGAGGCAUUUGCAGACCAAAGACCUUCCGGAGGCGGUAAUUUGCCCACUUAACCUGGGCAGCAAGGAGCGGCAACUCCGCAAUUCAGACCUGUACACCACGUACGCGGUGGUGGUGUGCGGGUUUUCCAUGGCCGCGGCCGUAUUCACGCUCGAGCUGUUGUCCAGGCGUACCGGCUGGUUCGCGUCAGCCGACCUUGCCCGUAGAUCGCACGACCCGCACGGCGGCAUGGUCCGGUGCGAGAUCGCGGUCUUCGGCAAACCAUCCAAGACCAUAUACCCGUUCAGCCACCGGGAUAAUGUCAUGAACGCCGCUUCCGCCACACACUUCGUCUUUCACAAAUCGUCAUCGUCAUCAUCGUCAUCAAGCGCAUUUGUCGUCAACGCUCGCGGCAUGGGCACAACAAACGUAUCAGAUUCGUCGUCUCCGUCGCCGUUUUUGUGGUUGAAAGGCAAAUCGUCGCUACGGCGAUUUCAAUACUAAUCCAUUAUACAAGCUACAGUUAAUAUAAAUUAUAUAUAUAUAUAUAUAUAUAUAUAUAUAUACCUAGAGAGAGAUUACUUUAGUGAUAGGGUGUUGAUUGUUGAUAAAUGGAUGAUCUAUAUUCUAUAAAACAAAAAAGACAACGAUAAAAACUUAUCUUCAUUUUUUUCAAAAUUAUUAAAAAUAUAUUAUUUUUAUUAUUUUAAAGAAAAAUUGUGUAAACAUAUAUCUAUAAAAGUAUUUUUUAUAUGUGUAUACCUGCAUGAGCACCUGACGUUUGCGGUAAAUCUAAUCAUAGCAAUAAAAACCUUCAAUAAUCAUAGUACAAAUAUUUUUAAAAAUUUUAAAUUUUUCUUUAAAAUCUAAAAUUUAAGAAAAAUAAUCUGAUGGUAGUAUGGUACAAUGAAAAAUGAAACAAAUAAAAACAUUAUGAAUAAUAUGAAAAAAUUAAUGUUAAUAAUAAAAAUAAAUAUAUACAUAGGCAUAUGGCUUAAAAAUAAUUUAAAUAUGCAACAUUUAACUUUCAUAAUGUUCUGAAUCAAUGAAACAUGAAACAAAGUUGUAAACUUUUAAUCUAGUUAAUGUCAUCAUUGUCAUUGUAUAAAGGAUUAAAGGAAAAAAUUAAAAAUUCAUCAAUAUUCAAUCUCUAUUAAUUUUUAUAACAAUAUGGUUGUAUAGUGCAACUGUGUAGGCGUACUUGAAUUUCUUAAACCUAAAUUUUGGGGUUGGGAUUAAAUCUAGAAAAUAGAAAUCAAUACCAACAAUACCUAAACUGAGUAAAAAGAAAUCCAUUUCUGAAAAAAAAUUCGAGGGGGGGUGUUAAUAAUUACAAUUUACAUGUUAUUUAUAAAAUAUAAACAUUACCUAAUUGUAAAGCUUCUUUCUGUUCUUAUUGUUGAGAAUUAUCUUGUAAUUUGAAUAUUACAAUCAUAAAUGAUAAUUGAUAUUAUUUUAAUUGUUGACUAAAUUUCCACGCCAAUUUUAUUAUGACUUGUUACUAUUAAUAAUUGGAAAUUUUUAGUAGGUAUGUGGGUAUUUUUUAAGCUUCAAUGAAACACACACAGUACUUUAGCCUCAUUUAUCAUAUUUUGGUUUGAUUGUAUUCAACAUGGAAAAUACAUUUUCACAAUAUUGUUUGUUGAUAAGAAUAUUAAUUUUUAGUGAUAGUAUGGAAUGAGUCAUUUUUUCAGUCUACAAAAUAUAAGUUAAGUAAGUUACAAAUUUUUAAAAUUGUUUAAUUGUCUAAUUGGUAACUUUUUAAUUUAAUAUAUGUAUAUCUAAUAAUUUUUUUUCACAUGCAGUUAUUUUUAAUAAUUUAACAAUGAAACAAACAUAUUUUAAGUGUUGUAAAAAAUAAAAUUUGGCCAACGUGUUACUUAGUAUGCUGUUUCCGGGUGUAAAUUAUUAAUAUACGGCUACACAUUUGAUAUGUAGACUAUAGUUAUUAUUUUUAUGAUUAUACAGUCAAUACCUACAAAUUACAAUAUCUGUUAUUUUUUCGAUGUAAUAAAAAAAAAAAUAGUAGGCAAGGAGUUAUCGCUCUACUAUACAUUAGGUGUUUAGUGGUUACUAUUAUGGGUGUGUUAAAUUUGAAUUCUAUAAUAUAUAUCGUUGUAUACGAAAAACGAUUUUAAGCAGCGAUGGUCUGUCAGCAAAACAUUGUCUGUCACAAACUAUAUUUCAUGAUAUCAUUUUUUUUUUGAUUUACUAUUAUAUAUUAUAUAUAUGUAUAGUAAUUUAUUUUACUAUUCGUAUUAUGUUAUGUUGAUAUAAUUUAUUCCGAAAAUAUUGCAUUUAUUAUAUUAUUUUAAAUCAUAUAACUCAAAAUGUAAUAAUACCUUUUUUAAGAUAAAACAGUAAAAAUAUAUUUCG